AUGGAUCUGGUGGCCCAGCGUGGAGCGCAACUUCCAGAACAAACGCCAAAUCGGUUGCUGCGAAAAUCGCUCAUCAAAGCCACUGCGAGGGCAUCGCUCACUCCUUUACGAGAAGAUCGCAAUUUUAGUGGGCAGACUGAGGAUUCGCAGCCUUUGGUCCAACCAUCCCCCAUCAUCUCCAAGGCGGCACAAGGGCGAUUGACGUUUGGCUGCUUGAACGAAUCGUCCUUCGCCCCGCCACUCGCUUCCACCCCGAUCGUGGAACGCACCGGUAUCCAGCCCCGCUUCUCCACGGCUUCAACCACGCCCGUCACCGUAGAGCCAAAACGACGGCGAACGAACAGCCCAGAAACCCUACAUGAAUCCGCAGCCUCAGACGAUCAAACUAUGGAUGAGGGGGAUGAUGAAGCUCAGAAUACGGUUGCUUCCUCUAUCGCGGCUGAAGAUCCAGCGGAAACGGAGGAAGCUGCUGAAGUCGAUGAGCAAUUGGCGGCUUGUCUCGAGAACAGCAUGGAUAUCGGGGCUGGUGGCGACGCUCCUCAUGUUGACGACGUUCAGCCAUCAGGAUCUGAUUCUACACUGGGAUCUAUUGCCGAAGCUGAUGAGGAGGAGCCGGAAGCUGAGGCUUCACAACAAGAUGCCACGCGAGGAGAGACUAUGGCCGAAAACCAGCAAACGUUACAAGCGCAUGAGCCCUCCACGAUGGUUGACGCUACCUUGGGCAUUCAGCAAGAGGCGAUCGGCCGUACCUUUGCCAGUGACAUCACGAUGGGUCAGAACAACUAUUCAGCAAUGACAUCAAUGCAGACACUUCCGGUAGUCGACCCUUCGCUGCGAGGAAAUGUGACGGGUCUCCGGAUGACGUUCAAUCAAACGCAGAUGUCUGCCACGAGGCGAAAUGUCACCCAAAUGCAGAUGGAGGACUCGAUCAUGAAUGACCGCCCCUUCUUCCUCGACAAAUUCGAGGGCGACAUGGAUGACCCGCUCCAGAAACUCCUCCACAUUAUCGACCAAAAAGAAGUCGUCGGCUGGAGAGAGGGCCUUCCCAAAGACGUAUUCAAGAAGCUGAAGAAGCUGGGCGAGGGUGUCUAUGGCGAGGUGUUUGCAACCACCUGGAAUGGCGUGCCAACGGCUGUGAAGGUGAUCCCCUUCCAAAACGGGGCAGAAGACGGAGAGGUGAAGGUCAACGGCGAGUACCUCAAGUCGACGGAGGAGAUCCUGCCCGAGGUGUUGAUCACCCGCGAGCUGUCGGCCCUCGCAGAGAGCAGGAGCGGCUACCAAACGUCCAACUUUAUCGAACUGCUCCAGGCGCGCCUAUACCCCGAAGAGCUGCUCGAUGCCUGGGAUGAAUACGACGGGCGGAAGGGCUCGGAGAACGAUCGACCGGAUGAGUACGCGACAGAGAAUCGGCACUUCAUCGUCAUCGCGCUAGCCAUGGGCGGAGUCGACAUCGAAAACUACAAGGUAAAAAACGAAAAGGAAAUGCUGUCGAUCCUCCUGCAGUUGAUCUUCGCGAUGAUGGCCGCCGAACGGGAGCUUUCCUUCGAGCACCGUGACCUCCACAUCGGGAACGUGCUGGUCAAGGAGUGCUCCCAGGAGUUUAUCCAAUUCCGGAUGAACGGCCUUCCCCUAAACAUCCGCUCACACGGCGUCCACGUCAACAUCAUCGAUUUUACCAAUUCAAGACUUUCCAAAGCCGGCGUCAACAUCUACCUGGACCUCGAGGCCGACGAGGAACUGUUCGAGGGCCAAGGCCACUACCAAUUUGACAUCUACCGUAUGAUGCGCGAAAAUAACAGAGGUGACUGGGCUUCCUUCGAGCCAAAGUCGAACGUUUUCUGGCUCCACUAUAUGGCACGAGAGCUGCUGGAGCGCAACGCGAAGAAGCGCAUCCUCGUCAAGCGGAAAAAGGAGCUGCUCGCCAUUUUUGAUACGCUACUCGCCUGCGACGAGCUCAGCGCCUUCGUCUACGACGACGCGAUGGCCGAAAUUUGCGAGGAGUUUCUGCAAGAAGGCGGUGACGCAUCUGCA